AUGCAUACCUUGUUCAGAAAAAAGCGUGUGAACAAAGAAGAGAAGGCCAAGUAUGGGGCAGUCCCUGAAUGGGCAUGUCUGGGAAAAUGGACAGACAUAGGGAAGGAGCUUGUGCAUUAUGCAGCUCCUGUAUACCCAGCCACCAGUGGUGAUGUAGGGAACAUGGCAUUGAGACUAUGUCUUAAAGUAUAUUCCAAGAAACAGAGUAAGGCUGCAGCUGAAACAGGAUGGAUCAUUUUGCAUGCCUUACGUGAGGAGGUAUUAAAAAGAGAAGCCUUGGAAAAGGAACUAAUUGAUGCAAAGGGAAGGUUAAUAGUUGCAACUGAGUGCCUGCUUUCUAAUAAUGAACGAAAUGCUUGUUUGGAAGAACAGUGUGCUACGUUGCGGGUGGACAGAGUGAACCAUAGGAGGCCUGUAGGGAAGUUGCCUAAGCCAUCCCGAAGGAUGAGACCUGUGAUAAAGGACUCUCCCAGAGAAAGUUCAUCAUUGAUUUCUUUCUCGGAUGAGGAGGAAGAUUUUGUGGAGUACAACUACGAAUCACCUGAUGAUGUACCGGACCGCCGUAAGGCCCGUCCUGUCAUCACUCAGCAGCGGAAGCGCAGAGUAAAUAGGGACCAGUAUGGUAAUGCAGGAGAGGCACAUGAUGAGGUGAAUGAAUUGAUGAGAGGGUAUACGCAAAUGGAAUUGUCCGAGUUGGCCAAAGCGUAUAAGCAAGGCAGUGAUGAAAGCAUGGGCGAGUGGCUGUUAAGAGUGUGGGACGCUGGUGCAGACAAAGUGAUGCUUAAUGCAACAGAAGCAGUGAGUCUAGGCCAGAUAACUAAUGAUCCCCAAGUCAGGCAGAUUUUGCGACAGGUGAGGGAAAUACAAGGAAACUUCUCAUUGCUGGCUAUUGUGAGGCAUGCCUUGUUAAAAGUUUUUCCCUCUCAUGUUGACAUAGAGCCUCACACCCCCUGGCACACCUUAAAAGAGGCAAUAGUUCGUGUAAGGAUCAUGGGAUGUGUAGCAGGGUUGGAUAAGGAUAAUUGGGCUGGGCCAGAUGUAGAGGAAUUUACACAAAGCAUGCGGUCCCUAUUCCUUAGAACAGCCCCUAACCAUUUAAGAGCUACCUUGAUGUCACUAUUAUGUGGAGCAGGUCCAAAUGGGAUAGUACAUAAAAUAACAACAGUGUUGGCAGAGCUAGGGGAAUUUGAGCAAGAGGAAAAAGGGGUAUAG